AUGCAGUCCAUCCCGAGCUACCCAACUUCAGGAACUAUGCAUCAAAUCUAUCCUCAAGCACAAGCUCCAAUGAUCAACCCUUACAGCUGCCCAAUCUCUUCCUUUCCAAGGAAGGAGCCUAAAUUAAAUGCAGCCGUGAAGCACCGUUUGGCAGAGCAGAAUAGAAGGAACAGAAUCAGUGGCCAAUAUGCCACCCUCCGUGCCAUCCUUCCCAGCCUAUCCAAAACGGAUAAGAGUAAGCUGAAAAAGGCUUUUGUGCUUUCUGAGACAAUCCGUGGAGUGAAGGAGCUUAAGAAGCUUGUAUCAGAAAAGAGAGUAGCCAAUCGUGAGUUCAGAGAUUGUGGGAUACCUAGUGGAGCAGAUAGGUUGACCUUAGAACAAUGUAAUGGUGGUGAAGGGAUGGUGAAGGCUGUAAUGAGCUGCGAGGACAGGCAGGAUAUCAUGGCAGAAUUGGCCAAAGCACUGAAAACAAUGAAAGUGAAGCUGGUUAGAGCUGAAAUGGUGACUGUGGGUGGAAGGAACAAGUUUUCUCUAUGGAUUCAAGGCCCUAAAGAAGGACAUGGUGGGAUUAAGAGAGUUUUGGAGGCUGUUAUGAAGAGGCCUUCAUGGAUUGCUAGAAAACCCAGAAAUGUUUGGCAGUCUCGAGCUUCAACAGAUAACAAUUUUAACGGGGUGGCUUCUUGAAAAAAAAAAUCUCUUGUUUUUCUUCAAGUAAACAUAAUUACCCGUUGUACUUAGAGGUCAAUUGUGAAUUGUGAUGGCCUUUAUGGGAAACCAUCCAACCUCUAAUUCAUACAUAUAUAUCCGGACAUAAUUGAGAACGAUUAUACGUGAUUGCUGACUUUUUAUUUUCUUCUUA